AUGGCACCUAGAAAUUUGAAUUUGAGUAAACUUUAUUUCAAAGUGUUUCAUACCAAUGAAGUUCCCAGCAAGAAUCGUUCAUCCGAUCAGGUGUUUGAUAAAAUGCCAAGUCCAAAAUUUCCAUAUGGCAGUUUCUUCAGCCAUACAAAAGCAAUAUGGAGGUCAGCGGCUAUGUCUAAUCUUGUUCGACAGCUUGGUCCCAUAAGAACCAUUCGUACUCAAACCCUUCUUCACAGCCAUAGCACCAUCAUCCAACAGAGAACACCCUUCCAGAACUACUCAGCCGAAACUGAAACCAUAUCCAAGCGCCAGAUAGGCGAUAACGUUUCAAGAAACGAAAAGAUCAAUUUUUUGCUCAAAAUCUUGAUGGAUCUUGACAAUAGUAAAGAAUCAGUAUACAAUGCUCUUGACGCAUGGGUAGCAUGGGAACAAGAUUUCCCAGUUGGGCCUCUGAGAAGGGCAUUGAUUGCUCUUGAGAAAGAACACCAAUGGCAUAGAGUUAUUCAUGUUAUUAAAUGGAUGUUGAGCAAAGGUCAAGGGACAACAAUGGGGACAUACGGGCAGUUAGUUCGGGCACUGGAUAUGGAUCAUAGGGCAGAAGAAGCGCAUGAGAUUUGGGUCAAGAAACUUGCGGUUGACUUGCAUUCGGUGCCUUGGCAACUUUGUCACCAGAUGAUAGCGUUGUACUACAGGAACAAUAUGUUAGAGCGGUUAGUUAAGCUUUUUAAGGGGUUGGAAGCGUUUGAUAGGAAGCCGAGGGACAAGAAGAUAGUGAAGAAAGUUGCUGAUGCGUAUGAGAUUUUAGGGUUGAUUAAAGAGAAAGAAAGAGUGUUGGAGAAAUAUAAAAGUUUGUUUGACGAGACACCAUCUUCCAAGAAAUCGCUAAAAAGGUAGGAAAAGACACAUAUUGUGUUGAUUCCCAUGUAACAAACGCAGCUUACAGGGACUAGUUUUUAGCCGUGAA